AAGUGAUUGAAUACAGUAUACUGUAGUUUGCAAUGCAUUACACAAUACAUCAACUUUACAGCAAUGAUGUGUUGCAAUGAAAACAAACUCUAUGUGUGUGUAUUGCAGGCAAACACACCUUCAUAUAUACAUGUAGUUUGUGUUGACAACUAUUCAUACAUUUAAUUAUAGUUUGCAUUUAAAUCAUUGUUUUUGAUUACAAUUGACUGCAAUUGUGUGCAUAUAUUCAGAUCCGGAAGAAUAUGACAGACAGCAGCGGACACGACAAGGGAUGGAAUGAUCCGCCGCUCUUCUCGUUGGACCAGAUGUCACGACCGGCGCAUCAAAACGUGGUUCAAAACAGGCGUAACCGUUACCCGCAGAUGACUGGGUCGGGAGGGGCGCCGCCAUCGAUGGCGAUGAGCGGUCAGCCUAUGUUUGCGGCCAACGAUCAGCAAAACCAAUACCCGAUGAGCGCCGGCGCCCUUAACGCGAACCCGAGCGCCAACUUUGAGCCCUCACUCGAUAUAAACGGCUUCGUGACGACUGUCCACUCUGUGGUCGCUUCCAUACCUACUUUGCCUCAAGAGUUGGUCCACAAAUGGCAAAGCAUUCAGACCAGUGUUUACAGCAUUCAAGCGGACGCCCAAACGAAAGCGGCGUUUCAAUCGUUACAGACAUCGAUUCAAAGGCAGGACCUGAACAGCGCUCGCCUUUACGCCAAUCACCUGACAAACAGUGGUAACGAAUUGGUCCGCAUUGUUGGCCACACCGUCGCAGAGAUACUUAGAUAUGUGCCAUAAAUUGGUGGCAAAUAUUUAUGUUUGUUAUGUUGUUUUUUGAUGAAACAAAUGAUUAUAUAUUUCAUGCAAAUAGUCUGAAAAUAUUAAAUAUUUAACUUAUUUUCUUAUUAUUCACACUAUUUUUGAUAGUCUUUGGCGUAAAUAUUUUUCUCAAUUUCUUCGCAAACCCUUUGAUUAAACCACAACUCAUUAGACAUAUUAUACUAUAGUUAUGAAUAAAACUGUUUUUCUCUCUCCAAAGACAACGAAAUAAGUUUGUGAUUAAAAGUAAUUCUCAAAGUUUUAUAUUUACGGAUUGAAUGCAAUAUUAAUUAUAAUAAAGACUGAGUUUUAUAUAAAAUA